AUGGCUUCAGCCAUCUGCGCCGUGUGGCUGGCUCUGACUGGAAGCGAGGUUCAACAUGUCGACAUAGCGAUCAAAACAAGAACCAAUGACGUUGGUGGCAAAGAAAAUAACGAUAUUUGUCGAAUCCAAGGGGGCAACCUGGACAUGGACGAGGCACUUCGACGUCUCGCCGAGCAGGAUGCCCGUGAGGCCAUGUCUGCACCACGUGCUUCCAAAGUGCAGCUAAAAAGCCACUGUGCUCUGUGCCCAAGAUCUCUGCUGUUGAUCCAUGAAGGAUCCACAGACGACCUGAUGGAAAAAAGGCUCGAUUCUCGGACGGAAGAAGUCCAUGACCUUGGCUUUUUUGACGAAGCAUCCACUGAGGAAUAUGGCUCCAUUGUACACUUUUUCCACACGCACGGAGGAUGGAAGGUGUCAGUCAAACGCUGCGUCCAUCUUUCCCAAGUAGAUGAAGACCACCAAGAGCCCCUAUUGGAGGACGCCUUGGGAAGGCUUUUCGGGCGAGAUUUCCUAAACGCCUCGUCGGUUGGCGAUUCCUCAACGAGUAUCCAAGAUCUUCAACGUAUCUGGACGUGGAACGCCACUGCGCCAGCAGCUGUUGAAACAUGUGUACACGACCUUUUUACCAACAAGCUCAGAGAACAACCUGCCGCGCCUGCUGUUUGUGCUUGGGAUGGCAAUCUGACGUACAAGGAGCUCGACACGUUGUCUGAUACACUGGCCAGUCACCUCACUGCCCUGGGCGCUGGUCCAGGGACCAUUAUACCCCUAUGCUUUGAAAAGUCCAUGUGGGUUCCAGUGGCCAUGAUGGGAGUCAUGAAGGCUGGAGCUGCAUCUGUUGCGAUGGACUCGAGCCACCCAACAGCUCGUCUACGCACGAUCGUGCAGCAGGUACACUCCCACUCAAAUUCAAAGCGGCCCUUCGUUCUAUCAUCAAAGAAGAAUCAAGAGCUAUGCCGCGCAAUACUGCACGAUGCUGCGGAGGAGCCCUUGUUGCUUAUUGCGGAAUCAUUAGCGAAAGAUACAGCCAACUUGUCGACUUGGAAACAAGCCACUGUCCAGCCAAAUGAUUUACUCUACGUUGUCUUUACUUCCGGCAGUACUGGAACUCCUAAAGGAGCAAUGAUUAGCCAUGGAAACUUCAGUAGCGCCGUCCAUCACCAGCAAGCUACCCUUGGAUUUCAACAGACUUCCCGUGUAUUCGACUGUGUGUCAUACGCCUUUGACGUCGCAUGGUCCAAUGUUAUACAUACACUCGCCGCAGGGGGUUGCAUCUGCAUCCCAAGCGAUAGUGACCGGCAAGGCGAUAUUGGGGCGGCAAUGAGAUCCUUGAGGGUGACAGAUGCGCAUUUGACACCGACUGUCGCGCGGUUGAUCGAUGCCAAGUCUCUGCCUGACCUUCGUUCUAUAAUGUUUAUCGGGGAGAAGCUAAAUCAAUCAGAUGCCUUGCCCUGGAAAGAGAUUGAGCGUGUUCAAAACACCUAUGGCCCAGCCGAAUGUACAGUCACAAAUACUUUUUCCACCAUCCAACCAGGAGACAUUGGCGAGCCAAGCAUAGGAAGAGGAUGCGGAACAAUCACUUGGAUCGUGCGCUCUGAUGCCACUCUUGCAGCAAUCGGCGAGGUCGGAGAGCUCUGGCUCGAGGGACCGCUCGUCGGCCAAGGCUAUCUAGGCGACCCGGAGAAGACAGACGAAGUCUUCAUCCACGACCCAAGCUGGUUGCUUCAAGGCGCUCCGGGAUUGCCUGGCCGCCAUGGGCGUCUUUAUCGGACUGGCGACUUGGUACGAUACAAUGCCGACGGUAGCCUCCAGUUUAUAGGCCGCAAAGAUGACCAGGUCAAGAUUCGUGGGCAGCGUGUCCAGCUUGGCGAUGUUGAAUGUCACCUUCAGCGAUGUCUUGAACAUUUAACAGAGACUCAAGUUCAUGUCGUUGCCGAAGUUGCACAACCGUCGGGCAACGGCGAACCGCUGCUUGUCGCUUUUCUCGGUGCCGGAGUUGUUGCAGAUGCUGCUGCCACGAUGGCAACUCUGAUCUCGCAUCUCGAGAAUACCGCCAGCCACCAUUUGCCGGCGUAUAUGAUUCCGACUUUCUACAUCCCACUGGUGGAGAUUCCAAGAACUGGAACUGGCAAGACCGACCGCCGUCGCUUGAGAGAAAUUGUUGCUAAAAUGACCCUUGAAGAGCUUGCUGGCUUGACUCCCACCAAGGAACCACACCAUGAACCCUCGACAGUCUCUGAGCACACACUUUGUCAAUUAUGGGCUUCGGUUCUUGGUAUUGACCACCAAACCAUCUCGACUCAUAGUAGCUUUUUUCGCAUUGGCGGCAACUCAAUAGCCGCUAUACGGCUGGUUGCGGCUGCUUCUACCAAGGGAUUCUUGAUCUCUGUUGCUGAUGUCUUCAAUUUCCCCCGAUUAUCAGACUUGGCGAACCGCCUUGUAUCAGCAGAUCCAAUCCCAUCUGAGGCAGUUCUUCCAUUUAGUCUGCUGGGACCUGACGUUAAAGAACACUUUGUACGUGACCAGGUCGCUGCACGUUGUCAGGUUCCUGCAGAUCGAGUACUGGAUGUCUUUCCAUGCACGGAACUCCAAAAGGGGCUGCUCUCAAUGACGGCCAAGCGAUCUAACAGUUAUGUUGCCCGGCACAUCUUUCGGCUAUCGCCAGAGAGUGACCUGCAUCGACUGCAAGAGGCUUGGGAGAGAGUCGUGGAUCUAUUUGACAUCAUUCGGACCCGGAUCGUUGAUGUGCCAGGGAUUGGCCUCGUCCAGGCCAUAUGUUCGGAUCCUCCCCCCAUUCUUGACAGUGGUAGCCUGUCAGCGUAUAUUGCUUCUGAGAAGAAUCCCAUGGGUUUGGGGACAUCUCUAACGUACUGUGCGUUUGUCAAUGACAAGGAAACCGAUCAGUUAUACUUUGUUUUGGUAAUCCAUCAUGCUCUCUUUGAUGGUUGGUCUCUGCGCAUACUCCUCGAUGCCCUGGUGAGGGCGUAUGGUGAAGCAGCCAUUUCGCCACCAGUUCCAUUUCAGAAUUUCAUAAAGUUUAAUUCUAGCCUGGAAUCGAACGAGGCUGCGGAUUAUUGGAGGUCGCAGCUUGAAGGGUGCGAGGCCGCGUCGUUUCCACUGUUGCCGAUGCCAGCAUACCAGCCCCAUGGAGGGACAACGAUAUCACAUGCCGUGACCGGCCUCUCGUGGCCGCGGGUCGAUAUCACAGCACCCAACAUCAUACGAGCCGCUUGGGCAAUACUGCAAGCUCGACACUCUGAUUCUACUGAUGUUGUUUUUGGAGCUGUGGCUGGUGGUCGUCAGGCUCCUGUUCCUGGCAUUAGCGACAUUGCAGGACCAACUAUUGCCACGGUUCCUGUGCGUGUGAGAGUCGAUAAAAACACACCGACAACUGAAUUGAUAAGGCAGGUGCAAUGCCAAUCUGUUGGUAUGCUGCCAUAUGAGCAGUUUGGUUUGCGCCGGAUCAGAUCUCUCGGCGAGACAGAGGCUUCCGCUUCUGGCUUCCAGACCUUGUUGGUUAUCCAGCCGAGGGAAGAUGCACAGAACGGCGUGUUACCUGUCGAUAAAACAGAUCCCAUCUUCUUAACGCAAGUUGAAGCCGAUUCUACACCCACCUUCCAACAAUUCAAUACCUAUGCCCUAACGGUAAUUGUUGAUAUCUGUGAUGAGGGAUAUGACAUAGUUCUCAGCUUUGAUACUAAGGUUCUAGCAGUUGGAAUAGCUGAGAGGAUGGCAAAGCAGCUGGAAGUCAUUACACAGCAACUGUGUGAUACGACCCGCAUUAACGCAGCGGUAUCAGACAUCAAGACUUCAAGCGUGCAAGAUCUUGCUGAUAUAUGGUCUUGGAAUGCUUCCGUCCCGCAAACCAUUGAAGCUUGCGUCCAUGAACUCUUCGAUGUUGCGGUCAAGAGACAACCUGAAGCACCUGCUGUUUGCGCCUGGGACGGCAGCUUUACAUACCGGCAACUUGACGACCUUUCUACCAUCUUAGCUCACCAUCUGACUGCUCUAGGAGUAGGUACAGGAGAUCUAGUCCCGUUAUUCUUUGAAAAAUCUAGAUGGACCCCAGUGGCGAUGCUAGGUGUGAUGAAGGCUGGAGCUGCAUCUGUCGCGGUGGACACGAGUCACCCCCCAGCACGGCUGUCCGCUAUCGUGCAGCAAGCGCACCAUCACUCCAAGAAGCGGCUUGUUCUAUCAUCUAUACUCAAUGAACGCUUAGCUCGUGGCUUAGUGACCGAUGAUGGGGUAGAGGAGGCUGAGGUUGUUGUUGUUGUGGAGAUUAUAGCUCAGCAGACAAAUAACAUCAGCAUCCUACCGCGAAAGCAAGCCAGGGUCGUUCCAGAUGAUUUGCUAUAUGUUGUUUUUACAUCCGGCAGCACUGGGAUACCAAAAGGAGCGAUGAUAAAUCAUAGAAACUUUGCCACUGCCUUCCAUCACCAAGCGAGGAAACGCAUGCUGAGUUCGUCUUCGCGCGUGUAUGAUUACCCCUCCUACGCUUUCGAUGCCGCAUGGAGUACGGCUUUGCACACUCUCUGCAUUGGUGCCUGUUUGUGUAUUCCCAGAGACCAAGACAGGCUUGGUAACAUUGCUGAGUCGAUACGAUUCUUCGAGGCAAGUUACAUCAGCCUGACACCUACAGUGUGGAGGCUCAUUCGACCAGAGGAUGUCCCUAGCCUGCGCACUCUUCUUUUAGUUGGAGAGCCUCUUCGCAGGUCCGAUAUCGAGGCGGUCGAGCACCUUGAGCACGUGUACAAUGCAUAUGGACCUGCUGAGUGUACGAUUGAGAGCACCUUCAACCAGAUUACCUCUCGUGACUCGGAUGUAAACAACAUCGGCAGAGGUCGUGGCGUUGUGACCUGGGUCAUAUCUGACCAGCUGUCCUCAAGUACACUUGCAGCUGUUGGUGAGAUUGGGGAGUUAUGGAUCGAGGGACCUCUUGUUGGUCAAGGCUAUCUGGGCGAACCAGAAAAGACUGCUGAUGUCUUUGUUCAAGACCCAAGCUGGCUGCUACAAGGUGGGCCGGGCGUGCCAGGUCGCCAUGGACGCCUUUAUCGAACCGGUGAUCUUGUCCGGUACAAUCCUGAUGGUACACUCCAGUUCAUUGGGCGUAAAGAUAACCAGGUCAAGAUUCGGGGUCAGCGUGUCGAGUUGGGCGACGUCGAGACCCAUGUCAAGCGGAUGCUCAACACCCCAGAGGCGCAAGUUGUGGCGGAGGUCAUAUCUCCCCUGGACAGCCCAAACCCAAUACUUGUUGUUUUUGUUGAGCCUGGAAGUUGCGAGAGCAUCGAGGCUACGGUGUCAGAUCUUACCAAAGAUCUCAAUGACAAGCUUCUGCCACAUCUCCCAGUGCACAUGGUCCCAUCCCUAUACGUACCGAUUGCGACUCUUCCAACUACCAUUACUGGAAAGGUUGAUCGAAAGCAGCUUCAUCUGAUGGGAAGAUCACUAGAUCUUGUUCAAUUACAAGCCAAAAACAAAGCCGAUCGAAUACUGCCUUCGAACAAAAUCGAAGCAAUCCUAGCAGACACCUGGGCCAGCACCCUUGGGAUCUCGUUGGACCAUAUAUCGAUGGAUACUCCAUUUAUGAGAAUCGGAGGUGAUUCAAUCAGCGCGAUGCAGGUCGUCUCUAGACUUCGGGCCCGGAAAAUAUCUCUUACUGUCGGUGAUAUUCUACAGUAUUAUACUAUCAGGGAUAUUGCCCCUAAAUGUAAGCUGCUCACCCAACAAUCUACGAUAAAAGAGGAGUUUGAGACAACAGAGGAAGCCUGGGGUCUAUCUCCGAUUCAGCAAAUUUUUUUCUCGGCUCACCCUAGUGGGGAGUCUCACUUUAACCAGAGCUAUUUGCUUCAACUAAGGAAGAGCUUCAAGAGUGCCACCCUGCAAAAGGCUGCCGAAUCACUUGUUUCCAGACAUCAUAUGCUUCGAGCACGCUUCAGAUGCACACCUGGCAAUUCAUGGGAACAAUACAUUUGUCAGGAUGAUCCAUCCACUGGGGCAUGUUUAUUUACAGUGCACGAUGGACUCUCGCAAGAUGAGAUGAGCGCUGUUGUCCAAUCCAGACAAGAGUCGCUGGACAUCACCCAUGGACCAGUAUUCACGGUUGAUUAUUUUGACAAUGGAGUGCAGGAGCCAGUAAUUCUCUUCACAGCACACCAUCUCGUCAUUGAUCUCGUCUCCUGGCGCAUUCUGUGGCAUGACUUGGAGCAGUUGCUCAAUGGAGCAGCCCUUCCACCCGUUGAGACUUCGUUCCGCGAGUGGACCAAGAUACAGCAGAGGCUUGGGCACGACAGUCAAUCCACACCCAAUUUACCCUUCCAGCUCGAAAAUGGGUUCGACUUUUGGGGCGUGGAUCCAACAAGGAAUAUCUUCGCUGCUGCUGAGACGCACAGAAUUUGUCUAGAUAAGACCACAACAUCCCUUCUACUCGGCAGCUCAAACUUGUGUUUGAGGACAGACCCAAUCGACAUUAUGAUUGCCGUGUUAAUAAAGUCCCUGUGCGAUCUAUUUCCGGGCCACCCAGCACCGGCAAUAUUCGUAGAAGGUCAUGGUCGUGAGCCACAAGAGAGUCCGGUGGAUUUGUCCGAAACCAUAGGCUGGUUUACAUCGUUGGUUCCAGUACAAGCACCAAUCCAACCAGACACCAGCAUUGUUGACACGGUGAAGUUUGUCAAAGACAUUCGUCGACAAACGGUCGGGAAAGGCUUGCCUUACUUUGCAUCUCGGCAUCGAGAAAAGAUAGACCUUUCUGCGCCUGAGAAUAACGCCGCAUUUCUCUUCAACUAUGGAGGGGUCUUUCAACAGCUUGAGCGGAAAGACUCUCUAUUUCGUCAACUUGAGGCUGAUAUUGCUGAGGUGGCCCCAAACGCACGCCGCAUAGCUCUGACAGAAAUCGACGGGUCUGUUGUAGGCGGGAAGAUGCAUCUGUCAAUAUCAAUCCACCGCGAUAUAAACCACUACAAGUUACUCGAGCAAUGGGCCUACAACCUCAAGGAUGCAUUCCGCACGGCGGCACACUCUCUUGACAAACAUGGUGAAAUUCCAACCCUCAGUGAUUUCCCGUUGGUAACUAUCCCAUCAUACGGCGAACUGGACAGUGUGGUGGCCCAAUUAGCAGCAAGAGAUAUCGGCAUCAAAGAUGUUGCUAGACUAUUGCCCUGUACACCUAUCCAAGAAGGUAUUCUUUUUGGCAUUGCCAAAGGAUCAGCGAGCUAUCACAUCAUUCAAGUCUGGAAGUGCUCCAGCUUGAGCCGCAGCGUGCAAAUCGACCCUACACAAUUGGAGGCUUCCUGGCGGGCGGCUCUGAGCCGACACUCUAUCUUCUCAACGGUAUUUCUCGAGUCGGUGGACCUGGGCGGAUUUCUACAAGUGCAGCUGCAAAACGCACCGUUGCGAAUUCGGUGUGUCCAUUCUGGCACGGACUGUCCAGCGGUUAUGUUGGUAGAAAUGGGGAGACCAGUGUUCUCUGACCGUGAGCCGCCUUAUCUGGUUACGAUUUGCCAAUCCUCAAGCGGCGAGGUCGGCUGUCGAAUUGACAUCGACCAUACUCUUAUUGAUGCAGUUUCUUUCCCGGUCGUUCUCAAUGACGUUGUAGACGCUUACAGCGGAAAUUCAGACCGAGCAGGACUUCGUGCUCCCGGGUUUCAUCGAAUAGUAAAGGAAGUCUUGGCGGUCUCGCCCCAAAGGAAACUGGAAUACUGGAAGAAUUAUCUUUCCGGAAUCAAGCCUUGCAGUAUACGAGCUACAGUUACUUCGGAAACUGUUCGUACAGAGGGCUGCCAAGAGAUAAUCACGCUUCCAUGCCUCGUGACGGAUAGAAUUGAUGCAUUCUGCCGUGCUGGAAACAUUACUCGCUCGACGUUCUUGCAGGUAUCGUGGGCAAUAGUACUCGCUCAACUCACAAAUGAACAGGAUGUGUGUUUUGGAUACCUCACCUCCGGGCGGGAUAUUCCCGUCGAGGGCAUCGAGGAAAUUGUUGGACCUCUAAUCAAUAUGCUGAUCAGCCGAAUUAAUUUGGGCAGCUCAGCUGCCAAUGUUAUUGGAAAUACCGGGAGGGAUCUCCUCGAGCAUUUCAACUAUCAGCACAUCGCUUUAGCAAAGCUGCAAUCAGAAUUGGACCUGCAUGGCCAGCAACUUUUUGAUACCAUCUUGACAGUUCGUCAAGCCCAGAAUUCAGUCAAGGCUGGCCAGCUCAAUUUCCAGGACUUCUUUACUUACGACCCAAACGAGGUAUGUUGUUGAAUGCCCUUGCAGGAGGAUGAAGUAUGUUAACUGUCGUUAGUUCUGCAUUGCCGUUAAUGCUGAGUUGGACGGGGCCAGCACUCAUGUUCAACUUGUCUACCAGGACGACUGUAUUGAGACGUGGCUCGCGCACGAGGUCGCUGAAAUAUUUCAGUCAGCUAUUAGCUUUUUAUUGGAUGAUGGGCCAGAGAUUGCCGAUACGGCUCUCCAUGAUGCCUUCUUCAAUUAUCGAUCAGGCGGCAGUCGGAGUCAGGCAGAAUUAACCUGGAAAAACCGGCUUCGUGGGCUAGAAGCCGCUCAGUUUCCAACUCUACCCAACCCUUCAACCAAGCCUAAGUUGGAUUCAAUGACAGAGCUCACAAUGGAAGGAAUAAGCCUACCAGGGACUGACAGUGAGACGACCGCUGUCAUAUGGACCGCAUGGGCUUUCUUGGUGGCUGGUUACACUCACACCAAUGAUGUCCUCUUCGGCGGUACGAUCUCGGCGUUUGAUGCUGCAUCUACCUCGACGGAUCCCACGGCAGUGCCUGGGCCGCCAGUAGUACCAGUACGCAUUACGAUAGAUCGUAACAUGCAGGUAGCGACAGCGCGACAGGAGGCGGAGGCAAUUUACAACGAGAUGUCACAGUUUCGCCGGAUAAACCGACACUGGAUUCGCCAGCUUGGAGACGAAGAGAAGCAAGCCUGCGAUCUCCAAACGUUGCUUCAAGUAGAAAAUGCUGAAAGAAGUGCCCUUGUAGAUUCGUCGACGACAGCCUCAGAGUCAGAUGGCUGCUUCUCACUGCGUUUAAAGUGCUCAGUGCGAGAUGACAGUUUGGACUUGAAAGUCUGGUUUGACUCUUCGGUACUUACAAUGACACAAGUUCGAAGAAUUUCGUACCAGUUUGAAAACCUCAUUGGACAGUUCAACAAAAUUGAGCUCCAGUCUCAAGAAAUACAUGACAUUCAAAUGGCAAGUAGAGCCGACCUUGCUGAUAUCCAGCUGUGGAACGGGUCUAUUCCUCAAUCUUCGAGCGCCUGUAUCAACGAUCUCUUUGCUGCUACAGCUGCCAAGCAGCCUGAUGCUUUGGCUGUAUGUGCUUGGGACGGAGAGUUCACAUACAAAGAGCUUGAUAACCUCUCAACCAGAUUGGCCUGCUGUUUAGCUGCAAUGGGAGCGAGAACAGGAACCAUCAUACCAUUAUGCUUUGAAAAGGGCAAGUGGACCUCGGUAGCUGUCUUGGGAGUCAUGAAAACCGGAGCAGCAUCGGUCUUGAUGGACUCAGGUCAUCCAGAGGCCCGGCUUCGUACAAUUGUACAGCAGGCACAUUCAAACUCAAACAAAUGCUUUAUCCUGGCUUCUAAACGAAGCGAAAGUCUAGCUAGCAGGCUUAAACUUGGUCUACAUGGUGGAGAAGAGGUUACUCUAGUCAUCGCAGACAAUUUGUCCCAGACUGCGGAGAAUAUGCCAAAGUUGCCGGCCAAGAGGCCUCAGCCGGAUAGCCUACUAUAUAUCGUUUUUACAUCAGGCAGUACUGGUACCCCAAAGGGAGCCAUGGUUAGUCACAAGAACUUUAGCAGUGCAAUUCACUACUACCGGUCUAUUUUUGGCUUUGCACAGACAUCGCGUGUGCUGGGUUUUGCAUCCUAUGCCUUUGAUGUGGCCUGGUUCAACAUCUUACACACCCUAACUGCAGGUGGAUGCCUUUGUAUUCCAAGCCAGGCUGACCUUCAAAACAACUUGGGCGGGUGUAUUCAAAAAAUGCGAGUCUCCCUUGCUGCACUGACGCCUACGGUAUGGGAUCUACUGGGUGAACAAGACCUCGAGAAUUUCGAAACCAUAAUAUUCACUGGAGAGAGACUUGCUCCCUUAGACACCAAGUAUCGAAGACUUGCAGCGUCCAUAUUCAAUGCGUAUGGUCCAGCUGAGUGCUCAGUUAUCAACACUAAUACCCAGAUCAGCCAGAAUGACACUAAGGAACCGAGUAUAGGGAAAGGAUACGGGGUCACAACUUGGAUCGUCCGCCUUGACGGUUCUGCAAUUGCAGCUAUUGGCGAGAUCGGAGAACUUUGGGUCGAGGGCCCUCUCGUCGGCCAAGGAUACUUGGGAGACGCAAAGAAAACAGCUUACGCCUUUGUUGAAGACCCUUCAUGGUUAUUACCAAGAACAGGCGUAACUGCCGGCCCGAAGAGGCGCGUCUACCGUUCCGGUGAUCUUGUUCGCUAUAACUCUGACGGGACCAUCCAGUUUAUAGGCCGCAAGGAUGACCAGGUGAAAAUCAGAGGUCAGCGCGUUGAGCUUGGCGACAUUGAGGCUCAUAUCAAGAAACUACUAGCCUCAACACCUGAUGUACGGGUUGUGACGGAGAUAAUUUCUCCGCGUGAGAGCUCUUUCCCCGUUCUUGCUGCAUUUGUUUGCCCAGCCAGAAUUUAUCAAAGUCUCGAAGUUACUGUAUCGGACCUUACAAAGGAUCUCAACGAGAAACUACUUUUGCACCUCCCAUUAUACAUGAUUCCAACCAUCUACGUGCCGAUAUCUACUCUUCCCGUUGGCCUUACUGGGAAAAUCAACAGAAAGGAACUUCGCCAAAUCGGUCAAGGGCUAACACUUGCUACUAUGAUUGAUGGAGGCGAUGCUCCUAGUACAAAGCCUCCUCUUGUUGGGAUUGAGCUGCUUAUCGCCAAUGUUUGGGCGGAAAUUCUUGGAAUUUCACUGAAUUCCAUCUCACGAGAUAUUCCAUUCAUAAGACUUGGGGGCGAUUCAAUCACCGCCAUGCAAGUUAUAUCUAGGCUCCGUGUGCACAAAGUGCAUCUUACAGUAAGCGACAUUCUCCAACAUCAUACUAUUGAGAAGAUUGCUUCUAGAUGCAGCCUAAGAUCAGAGGAGAUAUUAGUAGAAGGGCAAUCUGAAGACACAGAAGAAGCCUGGGGAUUGUCUCCAAUCCAAAAGAUGUUCUUCCUUUUACACCCGGAUGGAAAUGAUCACUUUAAUCAAAGCUUUCUCCUCCAAUUAUGUGAGAAACGCACUGUGACCGAGUUUCAUAAGGCUGCUGUAUCAAUCGUUUCCAGGCACCCAAUGCUUCGAGCACGUUUUAGGCGUAGCUCAGCUGGUUCCUGGGAGCAAUAUAUUGUGCUGGAAAACCCAGGAGCGUUUUUGUUCACUGCACAUCGAGAGGUCACUCUUCCUGCUAGAGAUUUACUCAUACAGUCAAGGCAAAAGUGUUUGGACAUUAUCAACGGUCCGGUAUUUGCCGUUGAUUACUUCAGCACUGGACAUGACAUCUACGUCUCUUUCACGGCACAUCAUCUGAUUAUUGAUCUGGUCUCCUGGCGUAUCAUUUGGCAUGAUAUGGAGCAGCUUCUGAAAGGAGUGAGCCUUUCUCUGCCCAUGACAACAUCUUUUCGCACCUGGACCAAGAUACAACACCAGAUUGGUCGCUCAGGAAACUCUAGAGAUAAGUUGCCGUUCGAAUUGAUAAAUACAUACGAGGAUUGGAAUGUGCCACCACCAGAGAACACUCAAGAUUCCGCCACAGACUUCUCGCUUUCUCUCGAUGCAUCUUUAACAUCUCUUCUACUCGACAGAUGCAAUCUAUCUUUGAGGACAGAACCUACAGACAUCAUGGUUGGCAUACUACUAUUUUCGCUACAUAAACUAUUUCCUACUCGUCCUGUACCAGCUAUAUUCAUCGAAGGUCACGGUCGCCAGGCCACUGGAAAUCAUUCGGUUGAGCUAUCGGAGACUGUGGGCUGGUUCACGUCUCUAUGCCCGGUACAGAUCGCACUGCAAGAACACGACAAUGUCAUUGAUGCGAUAAGGCUAGUCAAGGAUACUCGCCGGGCUGUUGCAGAAAAGGGUCUGCCUUAUUUUGCAUCCCAGUAUCAACAGGACUCACAAUUUACACCUGAUCACCAUCUAGAGUUUCUAUUCAACUAUGGAGGAGUGUUUCAGCAACUUGAAGGGGGUGAUUCGAUGUUUCGUCGUAUUGAGCAUGAUAUCAUGGAGGCGUCGCCCAGCACGCGACGAAUGGCGCUCGUGGAAAUAAACGGGAUCAUUGCUGAGGGAGUGCUCAACCUCUCAAUAUCAAUCCAUCGAGGAAUGAAGAGCUUUCAACUAAUGGAGAAAUGGGCAAAUAGUUUGGGGGAUGAAUUUGGGUCUGCGAUACAAGGUCUAAUCAACUCGCCAACCACACCGACGUUGAGUGACUUCCCAGUCCUAGACGCCUCGAUUGUGAAACUCAGAAGUUUAAUCACUCAGAUAUCAGCCUUGGGCUUUUCCUUGACUGAUAUUGAGAACUUGAUGCCCUGUUCCCCGCUACAGGAAGAUAUCCUUUUGAGUAUUGCGAAAGAGCCAACCAGCUAUCAUAUCGUUCAGAUAUGGAAAUGUACCGAUAUUGCCCACGGAAAUCCAGUUAAUGUUGAAAGACUCGAGUCAGCCUGGCAAAUUGCAACAUCACGGCAUUCCAUCUUCUCAACAAUAUUCAUAGAAUCACCAGAUCUCCAAAGGUUUGUGCAAAUUCAACUUCGAGAAGCAUCAGUCCGGAUAAAGCACCUCAAGUCUGAAUCAGAUUGUGCCACCAAAGCAUUGUCUGAAGGAUUUGAUGAGCCAGAGUUCUCCGCCACUGAACCUCCUUGUGUUGUCACCAUCUGUCAAACGUUGAGUGGCGAUGUAGCUUGUCGCUUAGAUAUCAGCCAUGCGAUUAUCGAUGCGGCCUCUUUACAUACGGUUCUUUCUGACGUAUCGGUGGCGUAUUGUCAACGCAGCAGACUGCCACCUGCAACAAGCUUCCAUCGGGUGAUGGAAGAGAUAGUGCGCUCUCCACUCGAGACUAAGCUGGAGUAUUGGAGAAACUUCCUUGCUGGUGUUGAGCCUUGCAGGAUUGCAAGGGCAGCCCGCUCGGUCGACAAGGGCGGAAAUCAUAAAGAUAUUACUCUCGCGACCUCUGUGACCAGCCGGAUUCAUUCCUUCUGCCAAGAUCGAGACAUUACUCGCUCGACAUUCAUACAAGUCUCUUGGGCAAUGGCUCUUUCUUAUCUAACAAGCAUGUCGGAUAUCUGUUUUGGAUACAUCACGUCAGGUCGGGAUAUUUCCAUCGACGACAUUGACAAAAUCGUCGGGCCACUCAUCAAUGGACUCGUUAGUCGCAUCAAGCUGGACGGCCCGGUUGCGGAUGUGCUCGAGGAGACCAGCAGAAAUCUAAACACCCACUUCAACGUCCAGCAUGUUUCCUUGGCAAGAUUGCAGGGCGAAUUGGGACUGUCGGGCCAACAGCUGUUUAAUACAGGACUGAGCAUCCGGAACGAUUUUGGAAGCAGUCAGGUCAGCCAGGACCUCCACUUCCAGAAUACUGUCACGCGUGAUCCAAAUGAGGUAUGCCAAUAUCCCAACCGUAGAAAUAUACCAAGGAAUUUCGCUAAUACAAAAAUCUAGUUCGAUAUCACCGUCAGCGCUGUGCUGAGCGGUUCAGAAACGGAGAUUCAGCUUGUCUACCGCCCCGAUUUCAUUGAUGAAUCACGUACACUUGAAGUAGUUGAGACUUUCCAAAUGGCGAUGGAGUUUUUACUUCAAAAUAGGCCGGAAUCUCAAUCACAGUCUCUCUAUGAUGCUUUUUUCACCUUCCGAACAGGUGCUAAUAGACUGUCUGUCGAGCAAAAUUGGGAGGAGUGGCUUCACGGGCUUGAAUCGUCUCAGUUCCCUCCACUGUCAAACUCAAUACAUACACCCAAGCCAGAAUCUCAUGCUCAGCACAGCAUUGCUAGGACUUAUCCAAUAGGCAGUGAAGCAGAAGUAACGAGUCUGUUGUGGACAGCAUGGACCUUCUUGGUUGCCGGGCAUACUGGCGUGGAUGAUGUAACUUUCGGAAGUAUAACAUCAUCUUCGAGUAUAAGAUGCCACCACGAUGAUGCAGCAGGCAUAGGAGAGACUUUAAUGGUUCCAACGAUCGUGCCUGUCCGAAUGAUGAUUGACCGCCGCGCACCGGUUCAGAAGCUGCGAGAGAAAGCAACGGCAAUGUAUAGCAAGUUGACGAAAACUUGUCAUAUAGGUCAUCAUUGGGUCCGGCAGCUGGGAGCAGAGGGUGAAAAGGCUUGCGAAUUUCAAACAGUCCUUGAAGUGCUUGGGGAUGGUGAAGCUGAACAACCUUGUUUGGCCACGUCAGAGAUGCCCAUGAACUUUGCCCUACUGUUGAAAUGCGUCGUGCAGGACAACAGCAUCGAUCUAACUGCUCGAUUCGACUCUUCUGUAAUCGACAAGACGCAAAUGCUGAGAAUACUUCGCCAGUUUGGAGGCUUGAUCAAACAGUUGAGCUGUAAUCAACUCCCAUCAACAACAUUAUCUGCCGCUAUCCAAACUAUCAGUGACGAGGAUAUCAAUGAUAUUUGGAUGUGGAAUUCCCCUGUUCCAGAGCCUGUUGAAGGACUUGUCCAUGACGUCUUUAUGAAAAUAGCGGAGAGGCAGCCUAAUGCACCGGCAAUCUGCGCCUGGGAUGGUGAAAUGACCUACAGGCAACUCGAUACUCUAUCAACCAUUUUGGCUCAUCAAAUUGUCUCCCUCGGGGCGGGUCCGGGAACUAUUAUUCCUCUGUGUUUCGAAAAAUCUAAAUGGACACCUGUGGCUAUGAUGGGGGUCAUGAAAUCUGGAGCGGCAUCCGUAGCUCUAGACUCGAGCCACCCGGAGGGUAGAUUGCGCACAAUUGUGCAGCAAGUACAUUCCUAUUCGAAACAACGAUUGAUUCUUUGUUCUGGGCUAAAUGAAGACUUGUCCCGCAAGAUAGCCCAGACUGAUGCCGAGGAGACUCUUGUGGUUGUCGCUGAAAGGAUCACUCAAGACAAAGCUGAGGUUCCGAUGUUCAAGUCAGCUGAGAUUUGCCCCGACGAUAUGCUCUAUGUCGUUUUCACAUCUGGCAGUACUGGCAUACCCAAGGGAGCAAUCAUAAACCACAGGAACUUUUCCAGCGCGGUUCAGCGGCAGGCCGCCCAGACCGGACUUGACUCAUCGUCCCGCGUGUUUGACUUUGCAUCAUACGCGUUCGAUGCAGCGUGGUUCAAUAAUUUGCAUACACUUGCCGCUGGAGGAUGCAUUUGCAUUCCAAGUGACGACGACCGGCAAAGCAAUCUUGUGUCCUCUGUUGUCAAUUUGGGAGCCAACUACCUACCCAUCACACCAAGUGCGGCACGAACGAUCAAACCAGAAACAGUGCCCAAAGUUCGCACAUUGAUGUUCGCCGGAGAAAAGCUCCUACGGCCUGAUGCCGAUCAAUGGCAGGGGCUUGCCACAGUCUAUAACGCCUAUGGUAUCGCAGAAUGCACAAUUGGAAGCUCUGUGGGAAUAGUCGAGGCCGGGUCCACGGAACCAAGCAUUGGCCGGGGUUGCGGAUCCGUCACUUGGGUCGUUCGCCAAGAUGGGCUUGGGCUCGCAGCAAUUGGAGAAGCAGGAGAACUCUGGAUUGAGAGUCCGUUAGUUGGUCAAGGGUAUCUGGGAAAUCCCGAAAAGACGGCUCAAGCUUUCAUCCAAGAUCCGCCGUGGCUACUUCAAGGUGGAGGGCCUCGUUUUCCUGGCCGCCGCGGGCGCCUCUACCGGACAGGUGACCUUGUUCGUUACAACAGUGACGGCACCCUUCACUUUGUCGGACGCAAGGACUAUCAGGUCAAAAUCAGGGGUCAGCGUGUAGAGCUCGGUGAUGUUGAGAGCCACAUUCAGCAGGUGUUGGCUUCUCCCCCAAAUGUACAGGUUGUUGCGGAAGUCAUCUCCCCGUCGAGCAGCCCUAACCCGAUACUCGUUGCUUUCAUCAGCCCUCCUGGAGAUUAUCGUGAAGACAGUGAGAGUCUGAAGAGCCGUGUGUCAGCUCUCACACAUAGUCUCACUGAUACGCUUCUAAAAUGCCUCCCAAUAUACAUGGUUCCAUCGGUCUAUAUCCCAAUUGCAAAAAUACCCACUACUCUGACCGGAAAAGUCAAUAGAAAGAAGCUUCAUGAGAUUGGCAACAAUUUGGACCUCGGUCUUUUAGGCCAGAACAAUGGCAGUAAUCUCACACGUCCUUCGACCCGGAUUGAGUUGAUACUAGCGACGGCCUGGUCUGAAGUUCUUCACAUUCCCAUCGAUCAGAUAUUUAAAGAUAUUCCCUUUACAAGGCUGGGAGGGGAUUCGAUUACUGCCAUGCAAGUGAUUUCCAGGCUUCGCAACCAACAAGUAUAUCUCAGUGUGGGCGACAUUUUAAGGUAUCAUACAAUAGAGAUGAUUUCCCCAAGGUGCAAGUUUGACCAUGAUGGAGCAAGGGGGGACGAAGUGGAAAAUGAACAAGCAUGGGGCUUGUCACCAAUCCAGCAGCAAUUCUUUUCAGCCCAUCCUGACGGCCUUAAUCACUUCAACCAGAGUUUUCUUCUGCAGAUGCAGCAAAAUCAUAGUGCAGAAGCAAUACGCAAGGCAGCUGUGGCCCUUGUCGCCAGACAUCCGAUGCUCCGAGCGCGAUUCAGGCGCAUCUCAGACGACACAUGGGAGCAGUAUGUUAUCCGCGACGGCCCUGAUUCUUUUUCAUACGUGGUGCAUAACGUAUCUGUUGCCGAGAUGAACCAGCUCGCACAAUCGAGACAGGAGUCCUUGGAUAUUGUGCACGGCCCAGUAUUUGCUAUUGAUUAUUUUAAUUUACUAGGCAAAGAGAAGAACAACAUCCUGUUCUCAGCACACCAUCUGGUCAUUGACCUGGUAUCUUGGCGCAUUAUAUGGCAAGACUUGGAGAGGUUACUAGGAGGAGCAGCUCUCCCUCCGUCUGUAACCACUUCAUUCCGCAGAUGGGCUGGCCUACAACAGCAACUCUGUUCCAAGGAUGAAAACGCUCCCUUGUUGCCUUUUGAGCUUAUAAACAAGCCCGAAUUCUGGGAUAUAACGCCAGAGCAAAACGUUCUCAGCGCGGUUGACGAUCAUAAUGUGCACCUUGAUAGUGCGUCAACCUCGCUUCUGCUUCAAGACUGCAACGCAAGCCUAAGAACAAAGCCUGUUGAUAUUAUGGUUGCCAUCUUAAUCCAUUCUCUAUAUUCCGAGUUUCCGGAUCGUCCUGCUCCAGCCAUUUUCCUCGAAGGCCAUGGCCGUGAAUCAUUAGAUGAUACUUCGAUCGACUUGUCGGAAACUGUCGGAUGGUUUACCUCUCUUUAUCCAGUACAGAUCUCUCUUACAAAGGAAAACACUGUCGUUGAAGCGGUCAAGUUCGUGAAAGAUGUUCGCUCAAAGAUCAUCGGCAAGGGUCUGCCGUAUUUCGCCUCUGAAUCUCAGAAAAAGAGUGGCUCAUCUUUCUGCAGCCAGAAUAUAGAGUUUGUUUUGAAUUACGGCGGCAAGUUCCAGCAGCUUGAAGGACGGCGCUCUAUAUUCCAUCGAGUCAGGGCAAACAUUGAAGAAGCAUCACCAAACACACGGAGGAUGGCUUUAGUAGAAGUCAACGGGAGUAUUAUCAACGAAGAACUGCAUUUAUCAAUAUCAGUCCAACGACAUAUGAAGCAGUACCCAGCCCUUAAGAGAUGGAUAUACAACCUUCCGCACAAUUUCCGCACAGCAAUACGUUAUCUGUCUACCCUGGCCUUGACGCCAACCUUGAGUGAUUUCCCACUUCUGCCUCUUUCAUACCGGGGGCUAGAAAAGAUCAUCGCCCGUCUAGAGAAAUCUGAAAUAUCUCCAGAAUCCAUCGCAGAUAUACUCCCAUGCACACCAUUGCAGGAGGGAGUGCUGUUGGGUAUCGCAAGGGGGUCUGCGAGCUAUCGCAUAUCUCAGAUUUGGAAAUGUUCUAUAGCCUCUAGUCAGUGCCUGGUGUCUUCGGAGAAGCUCAAGUCUGCAUGGCGGAUGGUCAUAGGUCGACAUGACAUUUUCUCAAUGAUUUUCAUGGAAUCAGCAGAGCUUCAAACAUUCAUUCAGAUACAGCUUCAAAAUACACCCCUUCGCGUUAGGCUCAUACACUCCAGCGAAGAGACCGCAGAAGAAGCAUUAUCGAAGACUUCGAUGCCUGUGUUUUCUGAUUUCGAGCCUCACUAUUUCAUUACAAUCUGUGAGGGACUGGGCGGUGAAGUAGCCUGCCGUCUGGAUAUAAGCCAUGCUCUUCUUGAUGCGGCAUCAUUUCCUAUUUUACUAGACGAUGUAUCAAAGGCCUACAGUCAAGUGCGAAUGCCUCAGCCCGCCCCGAGCUUCUAUUCCAUCGCCAGGGAAAUUUUCCAAGUUCCAGCCCAAACCAAAUUAGAAUACUGGGCCAGUUUUCUGUCUGGUAUAACUCCUUGUAGGAUACAGUCCCUGAAUGAUUCGGGCAAUGGAACUAACACUGACGGGGGACCUUUCAAAUACAUUUCCCUCGAAUCCUGUCUAACUGACCGGAUUGACGCAUACUGCCGCAGUCAUGAUCUCACACGGGCCACAUUUCUGCAGGUAGCUUGGGCAAUGGUUCUGUCCCAACUGACUAACAAACAAGAUGUGUGUUUUGGUUAUCUUGCCUCUGGUCGAGAUCUUGUGGUUGACGGCGUCGAGGAAGUUAUUGGUCCCUUGAUCACGACCCUCGUGAGCCGCGUCGAUUUAUCUGGCACUACUGCGAAGGUGUUGGAGGAGACUGGGAGAAACUUGUUGAAUCAUUUUGAUUUCCAGCAUGUCUCCUUGGCAAAGAUACAAGAUGGACUUGGACUACGCGGCGAGCAGCUCUUCAAUACUUCAAUGACCAUCCGGCAGGCUAUUCAUAAUACCAGGGCAGGAGAUGGGCAGCUCUGUCUCGAGAGUGUUUCUGGCAAUAGUACGAAUGAGGUAUGAGAAUCCCGAAUCUAAAUGAGUAUAAAGGUCAUUAACCAGAAAUAGUAUAACAUCGGUGUCGCUGUCGAAUUGAACGGAGCUGCGACCGACGUCCAACUCCUUCAUCAUCCGGACGUCGUUGGGGGAGUGCUCGCUUUGGAGGCUGCCGAAAUAUUUCAAAUGGCCAUUGGCUUUCUGAUGGACAGCGCGCUGGAGCAUAAAGAGAAGUCUCUGUAUGAUGGCUUCUUUGAGUCUCAGACCGGGUCUGACCGACACUAUGUUGAGUCAGUUUGGAGAGAGCAGCUGCAAAAACCAGACGCAACCACAUUUCCCGUCCUGCCGAAUCCCGCCUUCACACCUAAAUCGGAUUGUCUAUUCACCUGCGAUUUAACGGACAUACGGACUUCUGGAGAUGAGAUGGAAGCAAUCAGUGUUCUAUGGACAGCAUGGGGUCUCGUGAUAGCAGAUUACACAAGAGCAGAUGAUAUCAGCUUUGGGGCGAUAAUAUCAACACCAGGUGGUCUAUUAUCCCCCAACUCAGCUAAAGCAGUAGCACCGACAUUACCAACGACAUUACCAAUACAUAUCACGAUCAAUCGCGACUUACGGGUACAAGAGAUGCUAGAAGCAGUAGCAGCGACUUAUAUCAAAAUUAAGCGGUGUGGCCGGAUAACCCAGCAUUGGGUCAGGCAGCUCAAUGAGGGAGCAAAGAGCCCUGUAUUCCAGAGCCUUCUUCAAAUACAUAAGCUUGAAGAGGAAAGCUCGAAACUCCAUACCUCCAUGUCGGAGCUAUAUAGCAACAUCGCAUUACGACUGCUAUGCGAGGUUCGAAAUAACGGUCUCCGUCUUCAGGUACGGUAUGACUCUUCACUGCUUGAAAAGGUACAAAUAGAAAGACUGGCCCAUCAAUUCGGGGGUCUCGUUCGACAACUCAGCUCUGGCAGACGGAAAUCUCUGCGACUCUCUGAUAUACACACCAUUAGUGAGGAGGACCUGGCCGAUGUCUGGUCAUGGAACUCUCGUGUCCCAGAGCCAGUCGAGGCAUGCGUUCAUGAUCUUUUUGCUGCCACUGUUGAGGAAACCCCCGAUAGACUUGCUAUUUGUGCCUGGGAUGGAGACUUGACUUAUAAGCAGCUCGACAUUUUAUCUUCGAGGCUGGCUAAUCAUCUUGUCACUUCUCGAGGUGCCGGCCCGGGGACUAUUAUUCCUUUAUGUUUUGAAAAGUCCAAAUGGACCCCUGUAGCUAUGCUCGGGGUUAUGAAAGCCGGCGCUGCAUCCGUUGCUAUGGAUUCAAACCACCCGAAGGACCGGUUAGAAAUAUUAGUGCAACAAGCAUUUGGGCAUUCGAACCGUCGUCUCAUUAUAUCCUCCCGAUUGAACAAAGAGCUGUCUCACAUGUUGGCUGCAGAUACCUCCGAUCAAGGCACAGUCAUCAUUGCAGAGGAUAUAGCACAAGAAAAGAUGGAAGUAUGGAGAUUGGAUGCUGUCGAGGUUCAACCAAGUGAUAUACUUUACGUCGCCUUCACGUCUGGUAGCACAGGGAUCCCUAAAGGAGCGAUCAUUAGCCAUCGGAACUUCAGCAGUGCUAUCCGUCAUCAACAGGCCUCUUUUGGUUUCAAGUCUUCACAUCGCGUAUUCGACUACAUUUCUUAUGCUUUCAAUGCGGCAUGGUUCAACCUCCUACAUACCUUGGUCUGCGGUGCCUGUCUAUGCAUACCAAGUGACAGUGAACGAAAAGACGACAUCAUUGGCGCCAUGAAUAGGCUCCGGGUUACAUACGCAGUUGUAAUCCCAAGCCUUGCUAAAUUAAUUGAUCCUAGAGAAGUACGCAGCCUCCAACAAGCCAUGUUCGCCGGGGAACCAUUCAACCAAGCCAACUUACAGCAGUGGGAGGGUAUAACGAUUUGUAACUGCUAUGGGUGUGCUGAGUGUACAGUGGCGGCCUCCGUGGGGCCUGUCACGCAAGAUAAUGCAAUAGAUCCGGGUAUUGGAAGAGGCUCCGGAACAGUCACCUGGAUUGUUCGACCGGACGGUGCUGCGCUUGCAGCUAUUGGAGAAGUAGGAGAGCUCUGGCUCGAGGGCCCGCUGGUUGGACAAGGAUAUCUGGGAAACCCGGAGAAGACGGCUCAAGCUUUCAUCCUCGACCCCCCUUGGCUAACAAAAGGAGGAGGUAAUGUGGCCGGUCGUCACGGCCGCCUAUAUCGAACUGGAGACCUUGUCCAGUACAGCGCAAAUAAGACCCUGCGUUAUGUAGGCCGGAAAGAUAACCAGGUCAAAAUUCGAGGGCAGUUUGUUCAGCUUGGUGAUAUUGAACAACAACUACGAAGAUCUCUUGACUCUAAUCUGGAUGCUGCCGUUAUCGUUGAGGUUUCCCAACCAUCUGGUAGCAACACACCAUUGCUAGUUGCGUUCUUGUCUGUUGGAGACGCGCUCGAUGAUAACAAGAGCGAUGCUGAUGCUGUGCUAUCAAAACUGAUAUGUCUCUUGGAUGAAAAAGUCUCAGAGUAUUUACCGGCACAUAUGGUUCCUUCCGCUUAUGUCUCAUUGAAAGAAAUCCCCUUGACCGGCACAGGAAAGACUGACCGACGUCGUUUGAGAGAUAUGGUUGCUAAAAUGACACUCGAAGAACUUGCUGGCCUGAAUCCCGCCCGCGCUCAGGGGCGUCAUCAUCCUACCACGCCAGAUGAGCGCCGGUUAAGGGACUUGUGGGCUUCUGUUCUGGAUAUAGAUCGCGAGUCUAUCUCUACGCAUGAUAGCUUCUUUAAAAUCGGCGGCGAUUCAGUGGCUGCCAUGCGGCUUAUUGCAGCCGCCCGUGAUCAAGGCCUGUCGUUCUCUGUCGCUGAUGUAUUCCGCCGUCCACACCUAAAGGACCUUGCAGAGAUCAUCUCACAAGUUCCGGUCGAAAUAGAGUCAAUUGUCCCAUUUUCAUUAAUGGGGGCACAUAUUGACAGGAAAGAUCUUUGUGCACGGGCAGCCGCUCAGUGCCAGAUCCCUGAUGAUCAAGUCUUGGAUGUCUUCCCUUGCACCCAACUUCAGCAAGGUCUACUAGCAAUGACAGCCAAGCUGUCCAGCAGUUAUGUGGCCCGCAAGAUCUUCCGUUUGGAUCCCAGUACCGACGUUUCCAAGUUCCAAAAUGCAUGGAAACAAGUUGUUGAAUGCUAUGAUAUCCUCCGCACGCGGGUUGUCAGCCUAACAGGCACUGGCCUAGUUCAAGUCGUCUGUGCAAAGGCUCCUGAGGAUCAUAUAUCGGGUAGUUUAUCGGAAUACCUUACAAAGGACCGGGAGUACCAUAUGGGACUGGCAUCUGCCCUGUCAUAUGCCGCUUUUAUUGAUGAUAGUGAGAGCAAGAAUCACUAUUUUGUUUGGACCAUUCAUCACGCACUCUUUGAUGGCCUGUCUCUCCCUCUGUUACUCGAUGCCAUCGUCAAGAAAUAUAACGGAGAACAGCCACCUGCCACUGUCCCGUUCCAAGCUUUCAUUAAACUCAAUGCCACGCUUGAUCUACAUGACGCUACUGAAUAUUGGAGAUCACAGUUUGAGGGGUGCGAGGCUCAAAUGUUUCCAUCCCUACCAACACCAACACACCGGCCCCGGGCGAAUGAGACCAUAGUCCAUGCUUUCACUAACGUCUCAUGGCCACAGACUAAUAUCACGCCUUCUAAUAUCGUACGAAGCGCUUGGGCUAUCCUCCAAGGGCGGCAUUCUGGCGCGGAUGACAUUGUCUUUGGUGUGGUUGUGAGCGGCCGCCAGGCAUCAAUGCCAGGCAUCGGCAGUGUCAUGGGGCCUACCAUUGCCACUGUGCCGAUACGGAUAAUGCUGAAUAAGAGCAUCCAAGUAAAUGAGUUCUUGCAGCAAGUACAAUCUCAGUCCGUUGAUAUGCUCGCAUAUGAGCAAUUCGGUUUAUCUCGGAUAAGAGGUCUGGGCAAAUUGGAAUCGGAAGCCUCCAACUUUCAGACUUUACUUAUUGUCCAACCUGGAGAGGAUACCAAGGCCAAUGACGAUCAGUCUAGACUGUUGACGGAAAUAGACGCCGACCCCGCCACCACCGUUCAGCAGUUCAACACUAAUGCUCUGACAAUAAUCUGCAGCCUGUAUGAUCAUGGCUUUGAUUUGGUCCUCAGCUUUGAUAGUGACAUGCUCCCAGUCGAAACAGCAAAGCGGAUAGCAACGCAGAUGGAAGCCGUUGUACAACAACUCUGUGAUGUUCACCUCUGCAACCGAUACAUCUCCGAAAUUGAAACCACAAGCAUGGAGGAGCUAAGCACUAUCUGGUCAUGGAAUGCGUCAGUUCCAGAACCUAAGGAGGCUUGUGUUCACGAGCUGUUUUCUGGGAUAGCAAAACAAAGGCCUCACAUGCUAGCUAUUGAUGCUUGGGACGGAACCCUGACAUAUGGAGAGCUUGAUGAGCUAUCCACAACGUUGGCCGGCCACCUUAUUGCCAAAGGUGCCGGGCCUGGCACCGUUAUCCCAUUGUUCUUUCACAAGUCAAAGUGGAUAGUGGUGUCUAUUCUAGGGGUGAUGAAGGCUGGAGGUGCAUCUGUUGCUCUAGACAUGGGCCACCCAGAGUCUCGGCUACGAACAGUUGUGCAACAGGCAUGCUCCAGUUCCAAGCAGCGGAUAAUUCUAUGCUCAAAGUCAAAUGAAGACUUAUCCCGCAAACUAGCGCGAGAUGGUCCGAACCAAACUACUGUCCUUGUUGCGGAAGAAUUAGCGCGAGACGAGAUUCAAAUAGAUGCACUGCCAGAAACAAGCCCUGGCGAUUUGCUUUACGUUGUCUUCACGUCGGGGACUACUGGAACACCUAAAGGAGCAAUGAUCAGUCACAGAAACUUCAGCUCUGCCAUCCAUUACCAGCAAUCUAUUCUCGGUAUUACACAGUCAUCGCGCGUAUUUGACUUUGUUUCAUAUGCAUUUGAUGUAGCUUGGUGUAAUAUUCUGCAGACUAUAACAUCGGGCGGCUGUCUAUGCAUCCCAAAUGAGUCUGCUAUGCGUAACAAUAUAGGAAAGAGCUUGCGAGAGAUGAAAAUUUCGUUUGCCAUACUAACACCAACGAUUUGGGCAUUGGUUCGAGAGCAUGAUAUUCCAACUAUGGAGACUGCUGUUUUCGCCGGAGAGAAACUCCUCUCAGAGGCUACACGAUUCCAAGCUGUGAAUCGACUGAAUGCUUACGGGCCUUGUGAAUGUACAGUUUUAAGUACCAUUUGUGAGAUCAGGCAAAACGACACAAGAGAGCCGAGCAUAGGCACAGGACAUGGGAUGGUCACUUGGGUCGUCCGUGCCGAAGGUUCCUCGCUUGCCGCGAUUGGUGAAGUCGGGGAGCUCUAUCUCGAGGGGCCGCUGGUUGGGCAAGGCUACCUUGGUGAUUUGCGGAAGACUAACGAGGUCUUUAUCCAAAACCCUGCCUGGUUGCUAAAGGGGGUACCUGGUACCUCUGGCCGGCGUGGGUGUCUGUAUCGAACCGGGGAUCUUGUUCGGUAUAACACAGAAGGUACCUUGGAUUAUGUAGGUCGCAAGGAUGACCAAGUCAAGAUUCGUGGUCAGCGUGUUCAGUUAGGCGAUGUCGAGCAUCAUCUCCAGAUAUGUCUCAAGCCUCGACCGGAUGUUUCUGUCGUCGCAGAGGUUGGCCAACCUUGUGGGAGCGACACGUCUCUCCUAUUCGCCUUCUUGGCCAUAGGGGAGGCAGCAAAGGGGACCGGGACUGAGAUUCGUGAAGCAGUUGCAACCCUGAGAGAUCUUAUUGACAAGCAGAUCGUUGAAUUACUACCCACGUAUAUGAUCCCCGCAUUCUACGUUCCAGUGGUCGAAAUCCCAAUAGGUGGGACAGGAAAGGCAGAUCGGCGACGACUGAGAGAUAUCGUCGCGGGUAUGACUCUCGAGCAACUUGCUGAUAUAAAUCCCACCCGCUCCCGCGGACCGUUUCAAGAGCCUCUCACAGAUGCAGAACUCCGGCUUCAGCGUUUAUGGGCCACUGUUUUGGGGAUUGAAACUCACACCAUUUCCACUCAGGAUAGCUUCUUCCAGGUUGGCGGCGAUUCGGUGGCUGCCAUGAGGCUCGUUGCAGCCGCCCGCGACGAAGGGCUAUCAUUCUCUGUUGCAGACAUCUUUGAACAUCCCGAGCUCCAAGAGAUGGCUGGCCAAAUUUCGCGUGCAGAUACCGUCCACGAUGCGCCCAAGCCGUGGCAUCCGAGUACAUCCUUGAAUGAAUUGUCACCGACCAUUCAUGCUCUGUACCCAAACCUCGACAUUACCAUGGUCCAACGCACUACUGACUUUCAAACACAGUGCAUCCAUUCAGCAUCGUCGGCCCCGAUGGGUCAAACCUAUCACUUCUUUCUCGACUUUGCUGACGUCGAAGCUGAGCGGCUUGAAAUCGCUUGCCAUCGGCUUUGGGAUGCAUUCGACAUUCUACGUACCGUUUUCGUGCAGAUCGAUGACCGAUAUCUCCAAGUCGUCUGUGGCGAACUUCUGUUGGACAUUUCUAUACACACAGUCAGGUCUACGGUACAAGGAUCCCGGGACUGGUGCUCAGCAGAUGAUGCUGUUUUAGAAUUCGGUAAAUCCUAUGUGCGGAUGGCCAUAUUUCAAUCUCCGGAUGGGGCUACUCGCCUUGCAAUGCGUCUUUGCCAUGCACAAUAUGAUGGUUUUAUGUUGCAACAAAUUGUACGGUUCUUGGAGGCGGACUUGAAUGGCACUCCAACGCCAAUGACGACUCCGUUCUCGGAGUUUAUUCAGCAUAUUGAGCAAAACCGCGAGGCAUCCGGCCAGUACUGGGGAGAAGUUCUCGAUGGAUCUACUGUCGCUCGAUUGGACCAGGAUCCCAUCAGUGCCGCUGAAACAGCGACCAUCACCAAUGAGAUUGUGAUGGAAGCGCCUAGAAGCGACGUGACUGCUGCCAAUACUUUCAUAUCUGUAUGCGUAUUGGCCAUCUCCGAUCUUCUUGGAAGUAGAGAUCUGACUGUCGGCCUCCUCGUAUCUGGGCGUGCCAUGAUUCCUCACCAGAUGAAUAUCGCCGGGCCUUGUGUAAAUGUCAUUCCUCUCCGGGUCAACCUGGAACAUUGCGCCGAUUUCAAUGAAAUUCCCCGGGCAGUUCAAAAACAGCGUAUUGCUAGUCUGGCCUUUGAAGCGAGUCAAUUGGGUGAUAUUACCACGGAACCGACCGCACGGGUCUCAAUGAGAAGUCUUGGCUUUGUCUUGCAGUUUCAAAACAUUGAGGAGUACCCUGAGAUCACAGUACACGGAUCAUCGUCAAAGCUUGAGGUUUUCGAGAAAGGUGCCGCCUAUGACCUCCCUUCGAUCUCGAUUGUUGCUAGACCGGUUGGGCUGAAGUGGAAGGUUACUUUCACUGCAAGUUCUAGAUUCUAUCGCCGUGA